AUGGUUCUGGCAGAGCUGAGUACGCAAAUAACUCAAGCCUUUCGCAAAUUACACGCCACAACUGUAAUUAGUGAAGCGGUGAUUGAGGAGGUGAUUGGGGAUAUCGUAAGGGCGUUAUUGCUGGCAGAUGUCAACGUUAAGCUCGUCCACAAGCUCCGGGAGAAUGUCAAGAGGCUCAAUAAGAACAACGCAGACAUGAUCGGCGCAAACAAGCGCCGAUACCUGCAAAAGAUUGUGGUUGACGAGCUCGUCUCCAUGUUAACGACCGAAAAGAAGCCAUUCGAACCUAAAAAGGGAAGGCCUAACGUAAUCAUGUUUGUCGGACUCCAGGGUGCUGGAAAAACAACCAGCUGUACAAAGUUUGCCUAUCAUUAUCAGAGAAAGGGUUGGAGAACUGCCUUGAUUUGCGCUGAUACAUUUCGUGCGGGUGCCUUUGAUCAGCUUAAACAAAAUGCGGCCAAGGUCAAGAUUUCCUUCUUUGGAAGUUAUAGUGAAGCUAACCCUGCCAAGGUUGCCGCUGAUGGUGUGGCCCGUUUCAAGGCUGAAAAAUACGAUAUGAUCAUCGUCGAUACCUCGGGUCGUCACAAACAGGAGGAUGCACUAUUUGAAGAAAUGAAACUUAUCCAUGAUGCGGUACAACCAGACGAAGUUAUUUUUGUCAUGGACAGUCAUAUCGGACAGGCUUGCUAUGAUCAAGCCGCAGCAUUCAAUAAGGCGGUUGACGUCGGAUCCGUUAUCAUCACAAAGCUAGAUGGGCACGCCAAAGGUGGUGGAGCGCUAUCGGCAGUUGCUGCGACAAACUCUCCUAUAAUUUUCAUCGGUACAGGAGAGCAUUUUGAUGACUUUGAACAAUUUGAAGCAAAGUCUUUUAUAUCCCGGCUUUUGGGAUUUGGAGACAUAAACGGUCUCGUAAACACUCUAAAGGAUGUAAUGAAUUUGGACGAGAAACCCGAUUUAAUGGAACGCCUCGUAAACGCCAAAUUCACCAUUAGAGAUAUGUACGAUCAAUUUCAAAGUUUGCUAAAAAUGGGACCUGUGGGAAAGGUCAUGUCCAUGUUACCAGGAAUACCUCCCGAACUUUUAGCAGCAGGGAGGGAACAGGAAGGAGUGGCUAGAAUCAAGAGAUUUAUGAUCAUUAUGGACUCCAUGACUGACGAAGAGCUGGACUGCAUAAAGCCAGUCACAGAGAGCAGAGUCUUGAGAAUUGCCAAAGGGUCUGGAUCACACCCCGCCGAGGUUGUCAUGCUAGUGGAUCAACAUAAACUGUUACAAAAAAUGGUUGGAGGCAUGGGAAAAAUGGGUUUAACAAAAGAUACUGCAAUGCAGAAUAUGUUGAGGAAUCCAAACCAAAUGUUGAGCAAGAUGCAAAAUUUCCUAGACCCAAGACUGUUGCAACAAAUGGGAGGACCCGGUACAAUUAUGAAACUCAUGAAGGAGUUUUCACAAAAUGACGAAUUGGGUGCUUUUAUGAAGCAAGGAUUUAAGAGGUGA